AGUGCAUCUGAGUGUCAAAACUGUCACAAUCUCUAAUUGACAGUAAAAAAAAUCACACGCAAGUGUAGAGCCUCUGAAUAAUUUUCCAAUUCUUACUCUUUCUAGUUGAUUGUCUACGUUUUCUAGGAAAAAAUAAUUACCAUGCUCGUGCUGGUUUUGGGAGAUUUACACAUUCCUGACAGAUGCAGUAGUUUACCGAGUAAAUUUAAGAAACUCUUGGUGCCUGGAAGAAUCCAACAUAUAUUAUGCACAGGAAAUCUCUGCACAAAACAGUCAUAUGACUACUUGAAAACGCUGGCCAGUGAUGUUCACGUUGUCAGGGGCGAUUUCGAUGAGUGGAAUCUCAAAUAUCCGCACCAAAAAGUUGUAACAGUGGGGCAAUUCAGGAUUGGGCUCACUCACGGACACCAAGUGGUUCCCUGGGGUGAUCCCGAGGCAUUGGCCUUGAUUCAAAGACAGUUGGACGUAGAUAUUCUGAUAUCAGGGCAUACACACAGAUUUGAGGCGUAUGAGCAUGAGAAUAAAUUCUAUAUCAAUCCGGGAUCAGCUACUGGAGCCUUUACUCCACUCCUUACGUCUGUCAUUCCUUCAUUCGUUCUCAUGGACAUUCAAAGCUCAACCGUAGUGACAUAUGUCUAUCAACUCGUCGACGAUGAAGUCAAAGUCGAACGGAUUGAGUACAAAAAGAGUUAAAUAAUUUUAUGAAAAUAAUGAAAGUCUAUUUCACGGUGAAUAUGCCCUCAAAUAAUGAUUCCUGAGGUCAUUGAGUAUUGAUUGAGUAUAAGACUAUGCAAUUGUGGUGAACCUUGUACGACAUACUGAUUUAAUAACGCAUCUUGUAAAUAAACGAUUAUACUCAUUGAA